AUGGAUUUCAGGCCGCUCCAAGGCCCAGAGAAGCUGCAGCGAGUCACUAAACUACUGGGCUCUCUCAAAACGGACCUCGAGGCGAAGUCUCUCACUUCGAAGGAACGCGUGCAGACACUCCUGGAGUUGAGGCAGCACGGGACCAACCCCAGCCAUGCUCAUCCUAUCUACUCUAAAGAGGGGAUAGAAUUAUUAGCCAGAUAUGGUGUUGAUGGGGAUACCCCGGAUGUGCGUCGUGCCGCUCUACGCUGCGUCGCAAACGCUCUCCUCUUAGAUGGAUCGAUGCGCCAGCUGUUCGUAGACACAGGCUACGGAGGUAAAUUGGCUGAGAGGCUCAAGUGUGAUUCCUCGGAGGAUGAGAUGGUGAUCAGUCGGAUCUUGUUCCUAUCUACCUAUGACACCACAAUGGACUUUGAAAACCUCAUCAGACAUCACUCUCUGGGUGAAAAUGUCAACUACCAAAUCGUCCGACACGCCAAACAAUUCCCCAAAUCUGGCAAAAAGUCUCUGUCUCAGAUGGACGAGUUGGCCCUUACUGAUACCUUGAAGCUCAUUUUCAAUGUUUCAAAGAUAUAUUCUGAUUUGGCUGCGACAUUCUCGGCUUCGAUCCCUCACAUCUUUAAGAUGAUCAACCGCAUCGAUAUCCCCCCAAAGCCUCUGGAAGGCCUCCUCAGCUAUCUUCUUAACUGCUUGUCCACGCUUGAUCUGGAAAAUAAGAAGGGCAAAGUCUUCGAGAGUAGCCCCCUUUUCCCGACCUUCAAUCAGAACUGCAAUGUCGACAAGCUGAUCAACAUACUGGAUCAAGCUGUGUCCGCAUAUGGCCCUGACGAGCUGGAGACCAAGGCUAUACCCCUGUUCCAUACGCUCGUGGUCGUUCAUGAAAUGGCUCCAGACGGCCCUCGCAAAUAUAUGCAAUGGCUUCUUCUGCCCGAGGACAACGAUAGAAGCCGCCCGAUUGGACAAUCAGACACCCUCUCAUCGAAGUUGCUCAAUCUGUCGACCACGCCCUAUCCUAAUCUGAAGACUGCUAUUUCUGAGCUUAUGUUUGUGCUCUCCGGAAAAGACGCUGAAAAUCUGACAAAGAACAUCGGAUAUGGGUUCGCCGCAGGACUACUAGCUUCUCGCGGCAUGGAAAUCCCUAAGACGGCAGGCGAAGCAUUCGCAACCAACCCGAACGGGUUUGAUCCAGAGGUCAAUCCCAUUACCGGCCAGAAGUGGGCUGCAGAGAAGAAGGACGAUGGUCCUCCUAUGACCAAAGAGGAGAAAGAAAGAGAGGCGGAGAGGUUAUUUGUGCUUUUUGAGCGAGCCAGAGCGAACGGCAUUCUUCAGGUGGAGAAUCCUGUCACGCGCGCCCUCCAUGAAGGACGUUUCGAAGAGUUGCCUGACUCCGACGACAGUGAUUAG